AUGACCCCCCUACUGCCAUUAUCACGUCGGAUACCGCCCAUUGUGCGGCCGCUUUGCCGACCCACGCUCUCAAAGCGAUGGAGUACUUCCAUAUCUCAGCGUCCGGGGUCGGAUCGAGUUCGAUUCCCCGGUGCAGUCAAUAGCAAAUUCACAACGGAAAUGGCGUUCAUCAACCCGCAGGAUGGGUCGGGCAUUCCUACAUACCGAGUUAUGGAUUCCGAUGGUGUGCUGGUGGAUGCAGGAAGGAAGAAGCUGGACGUUUCGAAUGAGGAGAUCUUGACGUGGUAUAAAAACAUGUUGACUGGUGGGCUGAUGAGCAUUAUGGACGUGAUCAUGUUUGAGGCACAAAGGCAGGGCCGACUGAGUUUUUACAUGGUAUCAGCAGGCGAAGAAGGAAUCAGCGUGGGAUCCGCGGCAGCCCUAACCCCCGACGACGUGGUCUUCGCGCAGUACCGCGAAACAGGCGUCUUUCAACAACGGGGCUUCACGUUAAAGAACUUUAUGAGCCAGCUCUUCGCAAAUGCCAACGAUAGUGGACGGGGGAGGAAUAUGCCCGUCCACUAUGGAUGUCAAUACCCUCGCACCCACACAAUCUCCUCAACCCUCGCAACCCAAAUUCCACACGCCGCAGGAGCCGCCUAUGCACUGAAACUCCAGUCUUUGCAGAACCCCGACACCCCGCCGCGCAUCGUCACCUGCUACUUUGGCGAAGGAGCAGCCAGCGAAGGCGAUUUCCACGCCGGCCUGAACAUCGCCGCAACCCGCUCGGCCCCUGUCGUCUUUAUCUGCCGUAACAACGGCUAUGCCAUUUCAACACCAACACUAGAGCAGUACCGGGGCGAUGGAAUCGCCAGCCGCGGUAUCGGGUAUGGAAUUGACACGAUUCGUGUUGACGGCAAUGACAUUUUCGCUGUUUACGAGGCUAUGCGCGACGCCCGGAAACUAGCUCUCUCUGACGGCGGAAAGCCGGUUCUAAUCGAGGCGAUGAGCUACCGUGUUUCGCACCACAGUACCUCUGAUGAUAGUUUCGCGUACCGGGCGCGCAUUGAAGUCGAGGACUGGAAGAAGCGCGAUAACCCGAUUAUUAGGCUGCGGAAGUGGCUUGAGAACGAGGGGUUGUGGAAUGAGGAUAUGGAACAGGAGACAAGGGCGAGCCUCCGGAAGGAGGUCUUAAACGAGUUUGGGGCUGCGGAGAGGGAGAAGAAGCCGGCUAUUCGGUAUGCGUUUGAAGAUGUCUAUGAUGAGCUUACGGAUGAGGCGAGGGAGCAGAUGGGAGAGUUGAAGAGAAUUUUGGAGACUUAUCCCGAGGAGUAUGAUUUGAGACAGUUUGAAGGCGGGAUUAAGGGCUUGGAAAAGGAAUAG